AUGGCGGCCAUCCGCACCAGCGGCGGGCUCCAUGUCUCGGCCAUGGACCUGCGCGAGUACGCCCAUGCGACGCUCGCCAACGGCCUCGACGUCGUUCUCAUCUCGGACCCGGCGACGGAGCAGGCGGCGGCGGCCAUGACGGUCGGCGUCGGCUUCCUCUCGGACCCGGACGACCUCCCGGGCCUCGCCCACUUUUGCGAGCACAUGCUCUUCCUCGGCACCGCCACGUACCCCGACGAGAACGCGUUCCAGAACUUCAUCAGCGCGCACUUUGGCGCGACCAACGCCUACACGACGUCGACGCGCACCACGUUCUACUUUGAUAUUGCCCCCGCGCAGUUGACGCAGGCGCUCGACUACUUUGGCGCCUUCUUCACGUGCCCGCUCUUCACCGAGUCGGCGACGAGCCGCGAAAUGCAAGCCGUGCACGCAGAGCACUGCGCGAACCUGCAAAGCGACGCGUGGCGCCACCAGCAAGUGCUCCGCGCGAUCGGGAAUGCCAAGCACGCCUACACCAAGUUUGGCACGGGUUCGUUCGAGACGCUCAACCAGCCACACGUCCGCGACGCGCUAUUGACAUACUACAGCAACAACUACACGGCCGGGCGCAUGAAGCUCGUCGUUCUUGGGAAAGAAGAUAUACCGACGCUGCGAGCCAUGGUCACGGCGCGCUUUAGCGACAUUCCAGCGUCCGAAGCGUGUGCUUGCCAUCCCGGUCGCCGCAAUUUGGCCGAGACCGCGCCGAGUCCGUGCCCCAUCCUCUUCAACGUCGACGGGGAGCAGCCGUACGCGCCGUCGCAGCUUCGCCGCCACGUCAAGAUCGUUCCCGUGAUGGACCAGCACCUCGUGCACCUCCUGUUUCCUGUCCCGCCGCUCUCGCCCGACGUCUACGGCGUGGACGCGCACGAGCUUUUGGGCGAACUCCUCGGACACGAAGGCGACGGGUCGUUGCUGGCCUACUUCAAGGCGCAGCACUGGGCCAACACGCUCUCCGCGGGUGUCUUCAACGACGAGGUCGAAUGGACGUUCUUUACCAUAUCGAUCGACUGCACGGACGAGGGCCUCGCGCACCUCGACGACAUGAUUGCGCGCACGUUUGAAAUGAUUGCACUCGUGCGCACGGAUCCGCCGGCAGCGUUGCGCUGGCGCGUGCGUGAGUACCUCGCACUCCUUCUGCUCGACGUCCAGUUUCACGAGAAGGAAGACCCGUCGAGCUACUGCGCCCACCUCUCUUCGCGGCUGCACUUGUUCCCGCCCCGUUUUUGCGUCACGGGGGACCUCGUCGAGACGGAGCUCAAUUUAUCCGACUACCACGCGACGCUGUCGGCGCUUGUGCCGUCCAACCUCCUCCUCGUGUCGGUCAGCGCGGCGUAUGCGUCCAGCGCGACGACCACCGAGCCUUGGUAUGGCACCAAGUACAGCGUCGAGGACCUCGAUCCUGCGCAGCUACACGCGUGGGCCCUUGCGUCGCCGCACCCUGACAUGGCACUCUACCGCCCCAACGCGUUCAUUCCGACCGACCUCUCCAUGAUGGACGUGGCGACCGAGUUGUUGACGCCGACGCUGCUGCGCAACGACGCGCACUGCCGGUGCUGGCACGUCGUCGACGCGACGUACAAACAACCGAAAGUCUACCUCUCUCUCCGGUUCACGUCGGGUGCGCUGAGCAUGAACCCGCACUCGUCCAUCUUCACCGACUUGUACGUGGAGUGCAUGCACGAAGCACUCAAUGCUGUCGGCUACGACGCGUCGCGCGCCGGCCUCAGCUACCACUUGCACGAAGGGGUCACCUCGCUGACGCUGACCGUCGACGGGUUUCGCGAGACAGCGCCCAAGCUGACGGCCCACAUUCUCGAGACGAUGACGUCGUGCGCUGUUUCGGAAGCGCUGUUCCUCCGCGUGCACGAGUCCCUGCGCCGCAAGUACGACAACCUCGAGAGUGCGAUGGACCCGCAGGCCCACGCCGAGUGGGCGUCAAAAGAGCUUCUCUACGCCUACUUUGCCAGCGUCCCGGACCUCGCCACAGCUAUGGCCGCAUGGACAUACACAGAUUUUCAGUCGAUGGCGCGCCAGCUCUUCCGGCAGUGCCACAUCACGGCGCUGCUGCAUGGCAACCUCUCGGCGGCGGCCGCCACCGCGUGGCUCGACGACAUUCAGGCGCACGUCCAAGCGACGCCGUCGGCAGCCCUGCCGCCCGACUUUCUGAGCUACUCGCGCAUCGUGGCCCUCCCACCGGCGUCCACGUCCAUCUACAAGGUGGCGGCGCGGAAUGGCGACAAUACCAACUCGGUCCUCACGAUGGAUCUCUGCUUUGCAACGCUGCGCACUGACGAGCAGCUGGGCUACACGGUCUACAGCGGCCUCGCGACCAUGGGCAACGUCUUGUACUACUCGGUCGUCAUCGAGUCGUCGACGUAUAGCCCUGCAUACGUCCAAGGCCGUAUCGACGCCUUCCACGCGCGCUGCCGCCAGUUCCUUCUCGACCUCCCGCUCGCCACGUUCCAAAAACACAUUCAAACGCUGGUCCAGUCGUGGCUCCAGGGCCCGACGACGCUCGUGCAGGAGACGUCGCGGGUCUGGACCAACAUUUUGCUGCAUCUGCCGCCGCGGAUCACGAAUGCCAACGACGCGAUGCUGCUCCAGACGCUGCACGUCGCCGACGUCGUCGCCUUCUACGAUGCGUUCGUUGCGCCGGGCGCGGCCGCCAUGGUCGCGGUGCACGUCCACGGCCGGGCGUUUGUCGAUGCCAUUGGCGAAAACGACGACAACACGAUCCAAUCGGUCGCAGCCUUCAAGGCGUCGAAACCACUCUUUCCUCGCCCGCGUAUCAACCCCGAGGGGCAAAUGCAUUUCGACAAGACCGCUGUCAAGUGCUGGGCGGCCUAA